AUGAGUUUGGCGGGAAGUGGGCCGUUGUUGCAACUGACGCGUCUACGUUUCCAUCUUGGAACUGAAUCGGCUCGUCUACUUUCCUCUCAUGCAAAGCUUUCUGACAAUGGCCGAACAAUCCUUACCGCCUUUUUGUCACAAAUGGGGAAUCAGGUCUUGCCAGAACGUCGCCAUGUUCUUCUUGGACAAGCGUAUCUAAAAACUGUCCUCUCGCUUCAGCUUGGUGGAAUUAUCAUGAUGGGCGAUGCCACCGUGUUUCCCACUCUCUCUGACUACAACCGUGUUGCUGCGGGGCUCUUGGAACCAUUACGUCAGGAUUUUCCUGAGUUUGAUGAUUUGGAAGACGAGGAUCACGACGGAGAUGCAGACGAAGAGUACCUGCAGUACGAAGACAUUGAUGAGCCAGUGGAUGAAUAUAUGGAGUAA